CAUGCGCAGAAUAUCAAAGCGUCUCUCACCUUUGUCAAACGGUGAGGUAAUUAGGUCGCCAUUUUGAAAUAUAGGAAGUAGACUGAGACUGAGGAAGAAAGACAAAUUAUGAGUUCAAGAUGAAAUCUUAAUUAAUUAAGUUACACUGUUGGUAAACACGAUGUUUUAUUGGAGAGGCGCGCUUACGUGCGCCUUUUUGGCGCUGUUUUUUGUGUGGACAUCUGGAAUUCCAGGUACUGAAAAAGGGGUUUACCGAUGGAUGGAGAGGGACAAUUUCGAUUUAAUUAUCGAUAAAUUAUCAGAAGUUACGGCAGAAAACUGUCGCGCAAAGCCAAAAACAGAACUUACUCUUCCUAAAGAGUCUGUAACACAGCUUCCCAUGUACAAUAAACUUCUCAGUAGUGUGAUUCACCAAAAUCGUUCUACAUUAUUGCAUCUUCAUAAUAUGGCGCUAAACAGAGCAUUUUUUUACAGUUUCAUUUAUCAAGCACAGAAUAUGACAGUAGACUUUUUUAAUCAGCCUGGUUUCAUGUAUUUAUACAUGUCUAAUGCUGCUGAUGUGACAGCAGGCGCUGGCUUUGUGAACGGUUCUGGUCUUUACUUUGAUAACAAUGUGUAUUAUCCAAAUUGGUGGACUAAAAUUGUCGAUUUCAAUAGCACUCUUCCAUUGUAUGGACCAAGAGCGUGGAGAGUUGACGAUUAUGACGAAGCAACAAAUUGGUUGCGUGAACCUACAAACAAUACUGUCGAUAUUCAUGAUUAUGCCGCUGGUCGGUCUAGUAAUUACUCAAGCCAAGCUUUCAAGUCUGCUCCCUGGUAUUCAAACUGGUUACCAGAUAUAACUGGCGAAACAGACUCUGUUGACAAAUAUACAUAUGCACCUAAAAUUAGACGAUCAAAUGAGACAGGAAGAUUUGUUAAAGAAGAAUUUACUAGUAUUCCCUUCUUUGGACCUCCGCAGCCAGGUCAAACAGGUUCAAUCAGACUACCAGUUUUGUGGACACAGCCAUACUUUGACUGUGGCCGAUCUAACAGGUGGAUCAUCAGCGCUAGUUCACCAGUCACAGAGUACAUGCCAAGAUAUUCAAACUGGACGCAUUUGAGGAGACCAAGGUUUACAGCUGUUGCUACCCAGGAUAUAGAGUUUGAGAGGAUUGAUAUCAACCCCUGUCCAGUCAGUGAGGGUAACAAAGACCCUAAUAUGUUUGCUGGGACAGCAAGAUGUAAAAAGACUACCAUUUGUGAAACCUUGGGAUUUGAGGGGUGGGGCUUUAGAAGAGGUGGUUACCAGUGUGCUUGUCAACCUGGAUACUACUACCCUUGGUGGCAUGAUGGACCCUUCCUUGGGGAAGAAAUUGAACAAGCUACCAAAGAAGAAUAUGAAAAUGGAUUUGACUGCCUACCAAUUUAUGAAUUGCAAGUACCUCCUCAGAAAAAUCCUAGUUUUGUUGACAGAAAGAAGAGAUCUACAGCAAUAACCCUCAAAGAACAGUUUCUAGAGGAGGUUAUGCCUUCUUUUCAAAGCCACAGGGUUAAAUUAGUUGCUAAAAGAUCGUUAGCAGCAUUAAGGAAGAAACGUUUUGUUCCACGAUUUAAAGGAGAAGAGCCACAUAUGAGAUAUAAAAGAGAUUUAUUUGACACAGAUAGAUAUGCCAGACUGAAUAAAAUCGUAGACCGAAAAGACACAACAACAAGGUCCAACUGUCAUACCAAACAUUCCUAUGAACGAUUUCUUCCGGGAGAUGCUGCUUAUGGGGUGGAAGCACAGUUUGAAGCCGAAGGUCGUACUGCAUUGCGUUUAGCUCAUUUUCUCAGCAAUUUCCUACAGAACGUGGAUGAAUAUGAACAGUUUGGUAGUAUGGAUGGAGACCGAAGAUUGAAUGAGACCCAUGUAUUCGGAGAAGUAAUUGCUAAUGUGAUGAGCAAUUUCAAGAUCGUGGGAAGUGGUGCUUUCUUUGAUAGAUACAGUUUCAGAAUGUCUCCUCCUAUUAAUAAUACUGACCCUAGAUUUUCCAAUGGAAUCACUAGAGAAUACUUUGGUCCUUAUUCAUGGGUAGAACAGAAGGCUGGGACAGCUGGAUUAAACUUAGAUUUCAAAGCUGAAGACUUUGCGGGCCAUAAAAACUUUUACACCGAUGAACCAUGGUUCAGAAACAUGAAGGCAAGAUGGCAGACCAACUUUGUCAUGCUUAAAAAAUUUACUUUGAAACCAAUGAUCAGGUCAGAUCCAGCAGGAACUAGUUUGAUCCGAUUUGAACAUUAUCCAUUGACAUUUUUUGCACCUAAAUAUGAGCAUGGUGAAUGGCUGAGGCCAGAGUUCAAAUGUGAUGGAAGGAUUAUGGAUUGGGUGGUUACAUAUGUUGUUCCUUUCUUUGGAUUGGACAGUCUAAAAUCUAGACUGGAAUUCAAAGGAGUAGUUACAGUAGAUGUCAAAUUGGAUUACCUACAGAUAACUCAGUGUCCAGGUCCAUUCUACCAAGCUAAUGCCUUCAAAAAUACAGCAAAGUGCCAUUAUCAAUCUACUUAUUGUAUUCCUACCCCUGGAAGAAUUCCAGAUAAAAGAUAUGCCAUUGGUAAUUACAAAUGUGAAUGUCGCCAAGGUUACGAGUAUAUCUUCAAUGACAACGCCUGGUUUUAUGAUGGACAGACGAUAGAAAACGAAUACCAGAAAAUGGAGGCUGGUUUACCUAACAGGUUUGACACAUUGAAAUGUAGAAUUGCUGGUGCAUCUGCAGUUAUGGCUAACUGGAUUCUGAUUGGUUUACUUCCUGUUGCCUUGGCAAUACUGAACAGAAACUAAAGAUCUGAUGUGUUAUUUAGAAUCUGACAUUAAUUCUUUAUAUCCAAACUAUACACCAUAGUGCUUUUGUGAUUAUUCCCUUGUUAAUUUAGAUAAUAUAGUUGAGUAGGUAUUCAUGAAAGCAUAUGGUCAAUGAAAAAUAUAUACCAAAAAAUUACUAUCUUGGAAUGAUCCAUAGAACAUAGUAAACAAAAAUGUCUUAAUUCUCAAAAUUUGCUAAUGAAUGUAAAUCAUUAAAUAAUUAUACUCAAAACCUAAACUUUAUUAUUAUUAUUAAGAAAUAAAUGAGAUUCUAUUUUUAUGAUGAAAAUUUUGAGAUUAUAUUCUCUCUUCUAAGAGAUUCCAAUUUGUAUGAUUAUAAUUUUGAGAUUACAUGCUCUGUUGAUGAGAUUUGAUUUUUGUAUUCUUUGAGAUUCUCCUUUUUCUAGCUAUUAAGUUAUAUUUACAUAUUUUCUGUUUACCUACAUUUGUAAACUUAUUUUGUUAUAGAUCUGACUUUUCUGAUAUUAAACUUAUCUCUCUCAUAAAAUGCAUAAUGAAUAUUUUUUACAUUCUAUAUUUAUAUAAUCUUGAAUUAUAUACAGGAAUUUAUCAUGGAGGUUUUUUUUGACAUUUUACAGAAAUUGUUAUCUCUUUUUCAAAAAGAAGAUUAAGGAAUGACUUGACUGUCUGUAAAAACUAUAAUAAAAAGAUAGUUGUAAAAUUAAAGCUAAAAUCAACAAACGAUUUGCAUCAAAUUAAAACUGGUAAUGCUUUAAAAUGUGUAAAUCAUACGUAAAUAUUAAGUUGUGUUAUUUAUAUAAAACAUUAAUUAAUAAUUCAUGAUUGAAAUAAGUCAAAUGGAAACAUUCUAUUUUUAGAAUUAUUAGUUUAAGUCAGUCAUCUGGUUUAAUUGUGAUUUAAUUUUUUUUCUAGUCCUUCACAAGUGUCUCAACCCCUGUGAAAGUAAAACUUGCCAAAAAAAAAUUUUUCUUUAGUUUUAUAUUGGGUUUUGUUUCGUUUUUAUGUUAAUGUUAACAAUUGUACAAAAAAUAACAAAGAUCAUAAAUAAUAGACUUUCAAAAUUCUUUCCUGUCUAUUUUUCAAUAUACUUAUAUAUUCAUUUUCUGACUGAUCAAAGUAUGAAUAAUCAAUAUAUGAAAUCAAAAUGUGUAGUAUGCACAGAGCAUAGAAAUGGCUUUUACAAGUAGGAAUUUAUCUAUAUAUCAUGUUAUGGUGACAAAGCAUAGAAAUAGAUUUUAGAAAUUUAUCUAUAUCAUAUGUUAUGGUGACGAAACACAAAAAGAAACUGAUUUUCAUAUUUUUUAUAUUUUUUUCAUAAAUUGAUCUUACUGCAUAAGAAUAUUUUUGAUUUCUUGUUAGUGCAAUGUCAAUUUAUACAUUAUUUUUUUUUAAUAUUUGUAAUAAAAUAAUGAAUUUAUUUACACAACGUUUUCUGACAAGGCAAAGAUUUAAAAAAAAAAACACCAUUUUAACUUUUUUUUUUUUAAUAUUAUGCAGAAAUCAUCAGAACUCAAAAUUGGAAAUUAUUAUGUGAUUUGUAUGUCUGUACUGUUGUAUGUUUAUAAUAUAUUUUAUAUAUCUGAGUGCAAGAAAAUGAAUGGUGCAAUUGUUUUGUUAAAUUUUUUAGAUAUUGAUAAAAUGUAAAUAUGUAAAUACUGAUUAUAAUGUAAUUAUGUGUAUAUACAAAAAAACUUUCCAGAUGUGCCAUGAUUUUGUAUAUAUAAAAUAAUGUACGAAAUCAUACCAUAUAAACCCCUAUGUAGGUAAUUAGGUUGUGAUUGUUUAAAAUUUAUUAAUUUUGAAAACAUUUAAAGAAACAAAAUCAACCGGGUGUUGGAUUAGACUUUCGUUUUACUUUAAUAAUCAAAAUGAGAUCGAAAUGUAAAAUAAAUCUAUGAUAUUUGUAAAUUUUCAUGUAGCUGAAUUAUAAACAAUUUGGAAGGGGAACUGUUCUUAACAGAUUCAAUGCAUUCCAGCGUAAAAUAUCAUGAACUUUUUAUUUGCCAUAAUAUAAUUCCAAUAGUUUUCCAUUAUUAGCAUGACAAAAAUAAUAUGACUUAAAUAAAGAAAUUUUCUGUGGAAAAAACCCGUAGAACUAUUAAAGGGGGUGGGGAGGAUUCAUGAUCUGAAAUUCAUUUAAGAUUGACCUUUUUGAGGUUAACGUUAGGGCUCUACAUUCAAACUACAAUGAAUCUUGCUUCUUUGUUGGUUGUUAUAAAUUGUUUCACAUUCCACAUUGUUUUUAUAUGAUGUACAAAUGUUUUAAUACAUAUCAAAUUUUACUUUGUACAAAACAUUUUAUAUACUAUUUUAAGAAUAAAAUUAUUUUUCUAUUCA